AGCGACCUGAAGACUAGAUCGGCACUCCAGAGGAGAGAAGGGGAAACAUCCUUGACAACGCACCGAGCUCCUGCUGUAGUUAGAAUCCACCUGUGGCUCCGACUCCUCUCUGAACCUCCCAGUCUCUCAAAAUGGCCAUGCUGCUGAAGCCGUGGACGGUGCUGGUGGCCGUAUUACUGUGUGUGCUGGUCUGUCUGGGUAUGCUGGCAGACGCCUACCCCCCAAAACCCGAGAACCCUGGUGAAGACGCACCACCCGAAGAGCUGGCCAAGUACUACACGGCCCUGAGACACUACAUCAACCUGAUCACCAGGCAGAGGUAUGGAAAGCGCUCGGCUCAGGAGGACGUGAUUGCAGAGCUGCUGUUUGGCAGCGACAGCAGCAGGGAUCAGAGGCCGAGAUAUGAUGACUCCUACAUGUGGUGACUUCUCGCUCACUGGGCUUUUCCUCUGGCUGCACCGCACAAUGCACCUGGACAGGCCAACAUGUGCCUCUCACUCCUGACCCCCCAUGAAGACGAGUGGAACAGAAGCCCUCUCUGCCUCUCCUGUCAUAUCUCACAUCUGUGUCUUUACAACAAAACUGUAUAUAAUUUAUUAUUCAAAUGAAAUAUGUAUGUGAGAUCAUAGCAGCGGAUCAGAAAAUGAAGGUUCUCUGUGUGUGUGAGCAUCAAUGUUCUCCUGCUGUCCAUCCCUCUGUAGAGUUGGACAUUCUUGUUUAACUGUUGUUCAUGUAAAAAGUGUCGUCACAAAUAAAUAUGUUUUCUCUGAGA